AUGUCAAAGGGAAAGGUUUGUUUGGCUUAUUCUGGUGGUUUAGACACCUCUGUUAUCUUGGCUUGGUUGCUAGAACAAGGCUAUGAAGUUGUUGCCUUUUUGGCCAACGUUGGUCAAGAAGAAGAUUUUGACGCUGCUAGAGAAAAGGCAUUGAAGAUCGGUGCCUCCAAGUUCGUCUGUGUCGAUUGUCGUGAAGAUUUCGUCAAGGAUAUUCUAUUCCCUGCUGUUCAAGUCAACGCCGUCUACGAAGAUGUUUACCUACUAGGUACUUCUUUGGCAAGACCUGUUAUCGCUAAGGCUCAAAUUGACGUUGCUGAGGCUGAAGGUUGUUUUGCCGUCUCUCACGGUUGUACCGGUAAGGGUAAUGACCAAAUCAGAUUCGAAUUGGGUUUCUACGCUUUGAAACCUGAUGUUAAAGUCAUUGCUCCAUGGAGAUUGCCAGAAUUUUUCGAAAGGUUCGCUGGUAGAAAGGAUCUUUUGGAAUACGCUGCCUCUAAGGGUAUCCCAGUGACUCAAACUAAGUCAAAGCCAUGGUCUACUGAUGAAAACCAAGCUCACAUCUCUUAUGAAGCUGGUAUCUUGGAAGAACCUGACACCACUCCACCAAAGGAUAUGUGGAAGUUGAUCACUGACCCUGAAGACGCUCCAAACAAACCGCAAGACUUGUCUAUUGAUUUCCAAGAGGGUCUUCCAGUCAAGGUCACCUACCAGGACAGCGAAGGUAAGAGUCACACCGUUACUUCUCCAUCCGACAUCUUCCUAACCGUCUCAAAUUUGGGAAGAGCCAAUGGUGUUGGUAGAAUCGAUAUUGUCGAAAACCGUUACAUCAACUUGAAAUCAAGAGGUUGUUACGAACAAGCCCCAUUGACCAUCUUGAGAAAGGCCCAUGUCGAUUUGGAAGGUUUGACCGUUGAUCGUGAAGUUCGUCAUUUGAGAGAUCAAUUCGUUACUCCAACUUACUCCAAAUUGCUUUACAACGGUGCCUACUUCACUCCAGAAUGUGAAUACGUCAGAUCUAUGAUUAAGCCAUCUCAAACUACCGUUAACGGUACUGUUAGAAUGAGACUUUACAAGGGUAACGCCAUGGUUUUGGGUAGAUCUUCUUCCACCGAAAACUUGUACGAUCCAACUGAAUCAUCUAUGGACGAACUAACAGGAUUCUCUCCAAUUGAUACAUCUGGUUUCAUUAACAUUCAAGCUAUUAGAAUUAAGAAAUACGGUGAAUCUAAGAAGAGCAAGAACCAGAAGUUUACUUUGUAG